AUGACUCUUAUCCUUUUAGCUACUUUUUCCGGAAGUGGUUCUCCUCUUGCAGCCAUUGAUAACUUAGGCCAAGUCGCCGAAUCACUUGCCUACCCGUCAGACGCUAUAAGCAUCAUCAUUUCUUGGGUUUCCGUAUUCAAUUUCUUCGGUCGAAUCUUCUCUGGUUUCAUCUCCGAAAACAUCAUGAUGAAAUGGAAAUUACCUCGUCCUCUAACGUUUUUUGUCGCCUUCUUCAUCAUUGGCGUUGGCCAGCUUAUUGUUGCGUAUCCAUCAACAGGUUCAGUGUUCAUUGCUUCCAUGGUAAUCGGGUUUGGAUUUGGAAUGCAUGCCAUGCUAUUCGCCAUAAUCUCAGACCUAUUUGGGCUAAAACAUUACUCAACAUUGUUCAAUUGUGGGCAACUGGUAGUCCCAAUUGGGUCUUAUAUACUAAACGUGCAUGUAGUAGGGAGAAUAUAUGAUAAAGAAGCAUUAGUUAACGGUAUAAAGUUGACGGGGAGAGGAUUAAUUUGCACCGGAGCUCAUUGUUUUAAUUUAUCUUUCACAAUUUUGGCUGGAGCAACAUUGUGUGGUGGUAUAAUUAUGCUUGUAUUGGCUUAUAGGACAAGAGAAUUCUACCAAGGAGAUGUAUAUAAGAAAUAUAGAGAUGAUAUGUGGACUCCUCCAACUGAAAUGGAGUUCUCUCACUUAGAUAAGAAGAAAGUUCAUGGUUAA